AUGCUAUCUCUACCUGACCCAGCCGCAUCACACUCGUCAUCUGAGAUGUUUGUCUAUAUCGACUUCAAGAGCGGUACUGAGACACGGGUUGGAACACUCGGAGGGCCCCUGCACAAAAUCAAAAAAGCGUCUCUGGCACGAUUCUCCUCCUCGAUCAAACCUAGACUAGAUCUUCUGAUUCCUGAUGUCAUACAGCAGGUACGGGAAGUCAUUCGAGGUAUCGAGCGAGACGAGCAGAAGAAAGUCGUGGUCACAAGCACUUCCUCCUCAGGACUAUCCAUUAUUCUGGUCCACAUAGUAGCAAUCCUCGGUGCCGCCGCCGUUGUCACGCUCAACUCUCUAGGUGUCUGGGUUGGCAAAGAGCUGACAGGUGACAUUGGGGAGGAUGGUCAGAAACUGUUCACGCUGCAGCUGGUCGCGAAAGUCCACGAAAUUCUCAUGGUGACUUCGCUGGGCCAACUCGUUUGGUCUGCGGUCAUCAGAUCUCUCGUCUGCGGCGGUGGCCUUCCUUUCGCUGUUCUCGGCACCGGUAUACGGCUACCUGAGCUGUCACUGCUGUGGUCGAAAGAGCUUGCCGCGCUAUGCUUAGCCAAGUUUCGGGGGAAGGUGCUUCUGCUGAUAUUGAUUGUCACCUCCAUCGUACUAGGGGUGACCGUUGGUCCUGCUACUGCGACUAGCAUACAACCUGCCUUGACAACAUGGCCUGCAGGAAGUACUCCAGUCGUGCUUAACGUGUCGCAAGAUCAGUUAUGGCCUCGGGUGUUGGACCUUACCUCGCCCUCUCGACUGACUGCAAUGCUGGAGGACUCAGAAGAGUUGGCACCUCACUGGUCGAGCCUUGCAAGCAGCUUUUUCGACUACUGGGGCCAACAGUACCUCGGUGCGAUGUAUGCGGUGCCAGAGAGAGCAUCGGUGCCGUCGCCGGGCUCAGUACGCAGCAUUGAUGUUCGCUUUCGGGGUCCAUUCUCUUUGUACCAGCCCCUUGUUACAGCAGCAACAACUCAGUCUGUGGCUGCUGCGGAUUCGUUGACCGCGCUGCGACUGUUGUGGGAUCAUCACAACACGAACAUCUGCAUUUGGGCACCAUACAGAGUACGAGUGACAGGAGAUGUGUGCGGAUACCGCGACGUCCUCUGGACGCUGAGGGCUCAGCAGCCGGUGGUGUACACCAAAUGCUCGAUGGUUGGAGCGGCGAUGGCAGUAACAUUCCCAGCCAUAGAUCGCAGUGGUGCUUCUGCUAGCCCCCAUGAUGUUCUCGAAGAGUCAGAUAUCGACACAGGGUCGAGUGCGCCCCGGAUUCAGUGGGUAAGUCUUGAGGACGGCAAUUCCAACGAAACAGCUCUUGGUGCCUUGGUGAAUGUCGCCAACAGAGCUACCUCUGCCAACGCCGAGUACUACGCCUGCACGGUACAGGCUCAAUGGGGCAGUGUCGAGAUGCAAUCUUCCUUUCUAGGGACGCCAUUCCAAGUGACUGGCUCACCUUCAGACUUUUACGAACCACACAUACCCACAAGUCGAUAUCGUGGCACCAACGUCGAAAUCAGCGUUGAAUGGGCCUCGGAGCUUGGCCUUGACCAGUUCGUGGGCGACAGCAACCGCACAGCUCUUGACCUCAUGCUCGAAGCCGGAGCGCCGAAUACGAUUAGCGAGGGCAAGGUGGAAGCUGCGCUCGCGGUUGCCAUUGCAGAAAACAUGGCGUGGACUCAUGCCGACGCUGCGCUCAGUGAGGCUGUGCCAGGCCAAGCGCUGAGCUGGCAAGCGUUUGACGACCUGGCGGCCCGGUCUGCGUCGAACGGUAUGGGCUCAGAAUUGACCUUUGAUGCAGCCGUAGUUGGCUUUGCGUACGGCAUCAGGACGGCGACAGGGAUAUCGACAUCUGCCUUGCUUUCGACCAUCGUUCUCGUAGCCUAUAUCUGUCUCUCGGCGGUUCUCGUGGUCAUGGAACUCUGGUCCCGGAAACACGUGCAUGCGUGGAGCAACGUUACCGACCUCAUCGCACUCGCACUGAAUUCUAGCGCGGGUCCAUCUAUGCACAACACCAGCGUUGGCGUAGCUGCGGUCAAGACGCUGAAACUGCCUGUAAUACUGCAGCAGAAGGAUGGUGGAUCAAGUGUCGAAAUGGUGGUGGUUGAAGAUCCAGCGUCACCCAUGGUCUGCCAUAGACCGUUGAGAGUUGACGAAGCAUACGGAUAG